AUGUCUCUUGAAAUCUUGAAGUCUGCAUGGAAGGUCAUCCCCAUGUUUCAAUCCCGCUCUAUCUCUCUUACUGUGAAGUUCUACACUGAGAAGCUCGGAUUUGAGCUCGCCAGUGUGAAGCCCGAGGAUGAAUCAUCUCAAGCGACAUUUUGCUCUCUGUUCAUUGGCAAAAAAGCGGAUGCCAACUUUUACUUCUCAAGGGCAAGCAAUGAAGAUUUCAACCCAUCUCAUGCUAUGAUUGCACUAGGGACACGACAGCUGGAUGAAUACUAUGACUAUCUGGGAAGACUUGCAGGCAUCGAAAUUACAGAAGAAAUCGAGGAUACACCAUGGGGAUUUCGACAGUUCACAAUCAAGGAUAAUGACGGGAAUCUCCUGACCUUCUUCAAAUUUCUGGAAGGGGGAAAUCCAGGACAAGAGUGA